UCUCUCUCCAUAGCCCGAAAAGCACUAAAUUUCCAUUUCGUCUUUUACUUUCUCUCUCUCAAAAGUGAAAAAUUCCUGCCUUUGUUUCUACGUCUCUACCCGAGGCCAACGAAAGCAUCCAAACCCAGUUUCCUUCUUCCUUUUCAUCCACAAUUGCCUCAACAAACCUUAAUCCAGAACUUAACGCUUUCAAAAUCGUCUUCAAUUGCUCUUACAGACCCCAAAAACUUGAUUUUUAGCUCUUUCUUUCGCCGUCCUCAGCCGCCGCGUCCCGGGCCCGCCGACUUUCUUCUCCGUUUGAGGAUUCUUUUAUCUAUUUUUUGAAGGCGAGGUUUUCUUCCCAACCUUCUGCAGGGUCGAUGGCUGAACUUGAAAACAACGUUGGAUUCUCCUCGGGGAAGACGAGGUUUUCGUUGUUCAGUCGUUCGCUAAGGAUGAAUUUAAACUCGACCCCAACAGAAUCGUUUCAGAAACCCUAUCUUGAACCCACUCUUGAUCGCUCUGGUUCUGGGAACAAAUUUUACAAUUCCGUGGAAUCGGUGAAGUCUGCGGGAAAUUCUCUGAAAGGGAAAGUGAAGAAACUCUGUAGUUUCUUUGAAUCUAGGAGAGAUACAUCAAAAAGCUAUGAUGAAGCUUCUCUCCCAUCACCCAGUAAGCUGAAACCGACGAAAUCAAUCGAUUCCGAUUCCAGGGUUUCGUCAAGUUUCAGCAACGACUCUGGUAUUAGAUUGCCUGGUACUGAGGAUCGAAUUGUGAUAUACUUCACUAGUCUGCGAGGAAUUCGAAGGACUUAUGAGGAUUGCUACUCUGUUCGAAUGAUCUUCAGGGGAUUCGGCCUGUGGGUGGAUGAGAGAGACAUAUCAAUGGAUUCAGCAUACAAGAAGGAGUUGCAGAGAGUGCUGGGAGAGAAGAAUGUGACACUGCCACAAGUGUUCAUCAGAGGGAAGUACAUGGGAGGCGCUGAUGUGAUAAACAAUCUCUUUGAAGUUGGCGAAUUGGCUAAGAUUCUUGAAGGAUUCCCAAAGAGGAAACCUGGGUUUGCGUGUGAGAGUUGUGGAGAUGUGAGGUUUAUGCCUUGCAUGAAUUGCAGUGGAAGCAGGAAAAUCUUUGAUGAAGAUGAAGGGAUUCUCAAGAGAUGCUUGGAAUGCAAUGAGAAUGGACUAAUUCGUUGUCCAGAUUGUGGUUCUUGACCUCACUUUCUAUCACAACAUGACACUGAACACAACAUGGAAUGUUAGAUUUGGAUCUUUAUUUUCCAACAGCUGCUAACCGCUACUGUCUGAACUCUAGUCUGUUUCCUUGAUCCCAACUAGGAGACGGGCUUGAUUCAACGGCUAAUGUUUGUAAUGUCUUGCACAAUUCUGGGUUAAGUUUCUCUCUUAGCCAUUACAUGAAGCCAGCAGAUCAAAUUUCAUACAGGAGAGGUCAGUUUGGUUUCUGAAAAGAGGAUCAUAUUGGUGGUGUUCAUGUGUCUGUCAUAUAUAUCAGUUAAGUGUAAGUUCUUCAUUAGCUUAGCAUGAAUUUUGGUUGCUGAAAGAUAAAUAAUCAGCAAGGGAGUUUUAUUGUUGGUAAUGAAUGAUAUAUGGGUUUGAGUCUUAAGGUCUGUGAUUCAAAUUCUCUUUGAAUUUGAGUUUGUGUUUUUUAAAAUUAUUUUUAUGAGCUGAUGGGAUUCAGCUCAGUCAGAAAAUGGGAAGUUUGGGUUUGAGUAUGUGUGUGCUUAUUGUAAUUUCACAGAGAGGAGAGUGUUUCUCCUUGAAGCAGUGUAAAUAUUUAGUCCUAUGGAGGGAUUUGUAGACUCUGGCCAAUGGCCAUUGUCCUUUGUCCAUUCACAAUUUAUAAUGAGAAUGGGUUUCUCUUUUUAGCUUUCUAUCCUAA